AUGGAGGAGUCCAUGCACCUUGGUGACAUCAACUGGAUACCUUACAGCACACCGCACGCUCUGCCACUCGGUCAAGGACACAUCCACCCAUCAGCUACGCCCCAUGCAGUCAGCGCGUCACUGCCCACUUGGGCUUCUGUAAUUACCUGGUCUGAAAAGAACAAGGCCCUUCUGGACAGCGUCGAAUACAGUUAUCCAAGAUUUUUCAUCUGCCUUCCACUCCGAUCCCUCACUCUACGUAUCAGGGAGCGACUGAAGAUCUCAGGAGAUGAGAUCUCUUGCCUCGUAUUUCCCUCGGCCCGAAGGGCACGCCAUUGUGUCGCCAGCCUGGAGUCGUCUAGCCCCGACCCUGUUCCAGAGCUCCACGACGUCCGAUUCUUCUUACCCGAUGUCGCGGACUCGAGCGAGGAGGCCAAUCCUUAUCUCACCUUCUCUGUGGUCAUGCUUCCGACCACUCUGAAGAAGCAGGCCAUGGGUGUUUGGAUGGACACUGGUGCCGGCAUAUCGACUCGUCAUGCAGAAUUCUGUUUGGAACAUAUCGAUUACCUCGCUUCGGACUCGUCAACUCCUGCGUUCAAGACUCCAGCUCCAGCAAAACGUCCUCGUGACUUGGCAGCUUCGAGGUUAUUUCAGGGUGGCCCAGGGGACAUGCGGGAUGUGCAAACGCGCGUCGCGCAGCUGGCAACGUCGGCGAGGGACCUGAAGCCCGUGCGAGCCGAAGACGUGCUGGUGUUUCCCACUGGUAUGAACGCCAUCUUUAAUACUUGUGAAGCACUCGCCGCCCUGUCUCCAGAGUCGGCAGUUGUUGCCUACGGGUGGCUUUACCCGGAAACAGUCAACGUGUUAAGGAAGAGUGCUUGGGAGAGAGUCAUUUCCUUCAAGUGGGGUACUGAGGAGGAACUGGACAAACUGGAGGCGCUGCUGAUGUUGCAUCCUGAUCGGAUCACGGCGCUCUUUUGUGAGCUGCCGAGCAACAUCAAGUUCAUCUCACCGAACCUGGCACGGAUCCGAGAGUUGGCAGACAGGUACAACAUUAUCGUCGCAUGCGACGAAACAGCGGGGAACUUCAUCAACCUCGAUAUUCUACCUUACGUCGAUGUCGUCUUGUCCAGCCUGACCAAGAUGUUCAGUGGUGCUUCAGAUGUGACGGGCGGCAGCGUGGUGAUAAACCCCAACUCACGCCACUAUGGCAGAAUUCGCAACCAGCUAGCGAUCCAGUACCAAGACGUGUGCUGCUUCCCAACGGACGUGGCUGCGCUCAAGCGAAACUCAGCGAACAUGGCAUGCCGAGUGCGCAAGGCCAACGCAAACGCCAUGGCUGUCGUUGAGUUCCUCCAGCAACAGCCCUGCAUCGCUCAAGUUCUGCAUCCAUCCCGCGGGCCGACGUUCACCUUUUACGAGAGACAUCGGCGGCGGGAGGGCGGGUAUGGGAACGUCCUCAGUGUGGUGUUUCGGAACCCCGAUUCUGCCCGAUGCUUCUACGACAACUUGGACGUCUGCAAGGGGUCCAGCUUCGGGACCAACUUCACCCUCGCCAUCCCGUACGUCCAGCUGGCUUGUUACUGGACACAGGAGAAAUGCGAAAAGUACGGGCUGCCCCGGCACAUACUCCGGAUCAGUGUCGGGUUGGAAGAUGCUGAUGAAAUAUGUGGAAAACUCGCGUUGGCUCUUGCAGAGGUGGAGAGGCUGGAAAGCGUCGAGGUCGGUCGGACGGGAGUCGAGACAGAUUUGAGGACGACAGUGGCUGUCUGA